AUAGUAUCCUUGCAUCCCUAAUUGAGAUGCAAUAUCAUUGACAAAAAAAGACGAGAAAAAAUAAAAACUGUUUAUAUCCAAAAUGUCUCUGUAGAUUUUCUUCAACAACAAAAAAAAUAAAGAAGAGGAGAAAAAAAUAGACCUCAGUGAGGUUCCAUGCUUGCAUUUGCCAAAUUUCAAGAGUAUAAAUCCCUCAGUCAAAUAAAUGACAACAGUGAUCAAUAAUUGCAAUUUACAAUCAGUUUAACCAUUAUGCAGCAUGGAUAAAAUAUGUCUUAGUUUUAAUGGACUAAAACGAGACUAAAAUUCCCAGACUUUGUCAACUAAAACUUGACUAACCCACAAACAGGACUAAGACUAAAUUACAAAAAUUCACACUAAUGCAGGUUGAAAGUGGAACAAGUGCAAAGGUACGCCGACGCUCUGUAUGCUGAAGUGGCUCAGCUGGAGGAGAAACUCAGGGAGAACGUGGCUGCUGUUCUGGUCAGUCAAGCACAACUGGAAGCCAUCCAGACGCAAACCAAAGAGCUCCGUGCUGAGGCACACGCAGGAGAAGCCAUGGGCCUCAGCGCGCAGCUGCGGUCGGAGGGUCUCACGGCACAGGGUGGAGCCUCCACAGGGAAGACGAGCCUGCUGAUGGAGACGCUGAAGGAGCUGGAGGAGGGUCUGAGCGGGAUGCAGAAGGACCAGGAGCUGCAGAAGCAGCUGUUGAGCAGCUCUGAGGAGGAGGUGAUGGAGUACGAGAGGAGGUUAGCUGUGAUGAUCGACCUACUGAACCAAAUGAGAACCAGACCAACCCAUCACAGACCGCUGCCGCCAGCUGAGAUGAAGGAGAGCACGAUCACGCAGCUCCAGACGGCCCUCAAUCAGGUCUCCGCGAGCACGCGUCAAGAAGAUGCUGCUGAGACGGCUCAACGCCUCCAGGAGGUCAGAGGUCAAACGAGCUGCAGGGAUCAGAGAGCCAGACUGCAGGCGUCACAGGAGGGCGAUCAGUCCACGGCGGAGCUGCUACAGGAGCUGCAGGAGGUCAAAGGUCAAGCGGCCGUCACCAAAGAAGAGCUGAAGAGCUUCCGAGAAGAGAUCAAGCUCAGAGACGCGUCCAUCGUUGAGCUGAAGGUCAAAGUUCAGGAGCUCCAGACCGCUUUGGCCAAAUCCAGCGAGGUGCCGUCCCAGCCUAAACAGAAAGGAGAGCAUCAUGGGAUGGACAGAGGCACAAGGAAAGCCCACAGGAGCUCCUCAGAGCAGUCGGAGAGCUCCUCGCUGCAGGAGGUGAUGCUGGGAUACGAGGAGAAGAUUGCACAGAUGCAGGAGCUGCACGCGGCUGAGAUCCUGGACAUGGAGGCCAGACACAUCUCUGAGAGCGAGAGUCUGAGGAGAGACAGCCAGCAGCUGGAGGACGAGUGCCGAGCGCUGAGAGACGCCAUCCACACGCUCCAGAGCUCACAGGCUCCGUCAGUGAGGUCUGAACAUCCAGCGCUCUCUCCGUUUAAAGAUGGAUACGCCAGUGACAGCGGUUCAGACUGGAGUCACCUGCAGCAGGAGAAGCGCAGCACACCUGAAGGAGCGCGCCGAGACACGGAGCCAGACCUUCUGCCCGACAGGAUCAAGAGCCUGCUGCGUGAGGUGCAUCAGGAGGGCAUGCAGGUGCUGUCUCUCUCCGAGCUGCCGCUGUCUGAAGCGGAUCGAGCUCCUCAGGGCUGGAGCAACGAGAGAGACGCCUUCAUCAACACGGUCGAGUCCCUCCAGCUCCUCGUCAGCACGCUGCAGACGGACACACAGCUGGAUGGCGACUGGCGAGCGGAGCUGCUUUCAGCUGUUCAGCAGGUGUUUGUUCAGGAGCGAGACGUGCUAAAAAACAUCUUAUACUCUCAUCUGGAGCGACUGGACACGGCUGACGCUGUCAUUCAUCUCAACCAGCUGGAGAGAGCGCUAGCGGAGCAGGACACGCGGCACAGGGAGCUGAUGGGAGCGCUGUGCACCACGGACAGAAACAGCCUGCGCUCCGAGAUCCAGCAGCUCAGAGAUCAGCUCCACACGCUCACAGCGGAGCAAACACAGCGCCACCAUCAGGACAGUGCCGGAACGCAGAGCGAGAGGCAGGAUGAAGCAAUGCCGGUCGAAUCCGGCUCUGAUAGACUGGAGGAGAUGAAGACUGAACUCAACCAGACUAAACUAGAGCUACAGAGCGCUCUAAAAUCCCAACACAAACACCUGAAGGUUAGUGACACACUCAGGGCUGAGGUCUCCCUGAAGGCCGCAGAGGUCGACACACUGAACGACAGACUGGCACACGAGCAGAAGAGAGCCAGAGAGCUGCAGUGGGCUUUCGAGAAGGAGAAAUGCAAGUCUGACAGGAAGGAGGAGACCGAGAGAGAAGAAGUGGAGGUGAAAUAUAUUGUGUAUAUUGAUGGGUUAUAAGCA